AUGGCACUGCCGCGCCUCGUCCUCCUCGGGCUGGUCGUGCGCGCUGCCUCCGCGGAGCAAGGUAGGGGGGGAAGACUGCGCUUAGCCAGGGAGGCUCCACCGAGGGGGUGCCGCCCUCCGCCAGGGCCAGGCAGUCCCAUUGGAGGAGAGCCACCUCUCGGAGGUAGAGUGCCCACGAGCAUGGAUGCUCUGCUGGGUCAUCAGCCCCCUUUUCCACCAAUGGAGGGGUAGGGUGGGCGGGCGAGGCUUUCCAAAAGCGCACCCCCCGCCAGGGUACCCCAGGGGGCUGAGCAACCAAGAAAAGCCUCAUCCUCUUCCUUUCCUCUCCUCCCGCAUCCCUUUCUUGGUGUUUUCGUGGGCCGGCCGAGUGCUUGCAGGGAGCGAGCCCGGACGGGACGGAGGGGUAGACUGCGGCGGCACAUGGAGGCUCCCCUUGACUCUGUGCUCCGAGCGCUACGCCGCCGGAAAGCCCGUCUCCUUUGGGGAACGUUGCCGCCAGCGCCUCUGAAGGGAGUUUGGGGGGCGGUGGGGGGAGUUUGAGAACGGGGCGCCCGUCGGGAGACCCACCGAUCGUCGGGGGUCCUUAAGGUCGCUCGCUUGCUUCGGGAACCCUCUUCUGGACCCUGGCAGGAAAGUGGUUGCGGAGGAGCGCCAUCUCUCCUCAGUGGGCUCGGCGCGCCCCUUCUCGCCCAGUGGCCCUGGCAGGGACGCCGCUGCCCAACGGCGCUCGGCGGUGGGGGGGGGGGGCACGCGACCGUGUGGCGCCAACGGGGCUCGACCUCGACGGCUUUCUGAUGGACUGAUUGUCGGUGGGCUAGGCUUGUCACUCCCGCAGGUGUUUAGAAAGCUUCCCUCCCGACAGCUCCCGGGCUCAGGCAGGCAGCUCUCCCUUGCUCCUUGUUUCUGCUGCCUCCGACACCCCCCUCUCCCCAAUCCCAGUCUUUGCCGGCGGGCAGGGACAGUCCUGGAUGCUGCAUAGAGCUGAACCUCCCAUGCCCAAGAGAGGCCGCUUCCAGAGAUGCCGGCCCUCAACUCAGGGCGGUUUCAGUGGCAGCUCCCAGCAAGAGGGUCCAGUAAGGUUUCCUUCAAGAAGUGAGAGGAUGGAGCCUCCCUUGAGUCCUGCUGGGGAGGAGGAUGUUCCUCCUGCCAGGUAAACCCUUCCUCCUUUGUUGCCUGCUGUCAGCUGUGGGUUUUGCUGCUGCCUCCAGAUGAGCUUUUGACUGCAAAUAUGCUGCCUGCUAUGGCUAUCAUCUGUUCGGUUUGGCUCUAGAACUGCUUUUGAUAAAACGGGCUGGUGUUUUGUUUCCUUUUGUUUUUUGCCCUGAGAAUUUUAUUUAUCAAAUUUAUAUCCCACCUUUCCAUCACAAGAUCGCAGGGCGGUUUGCAGAAUAAAAUACAAGAUAAAAACACAAGUAAAUAAUUAAAACUAAAACAAUAACCCAAUCCCCUCCCCACAAAUUUAGAAGACCGUGGAAUAUUAACCAGCCAAAGGCCUGGCUGAAAUGCUUUUUAUUAUUAUUUAAAGAAAGAAGUGUGUUACACUUCGGGAAUGAAAUAACCAGAGCACGCUGCUUCUGUUCCUGCGCUAGCUGCCGUCUGGCUUGCAAAGAGCAGUGUCCCUGGCAGACGAAAGCAUUCAUUGCUUGAACAUUGCACUGCUUUGGUCUUGUGGGAACGAACUGGCUUGGAUUGGCAGGAGCGUCCUACGAAAUCUUUACUAUAGUCACUGUGGCAGCUGCUGCUGCUUUGCUUGUCAAGGGGAGGGGAUGUGCCCUGAAUCUCUUGGUCAAACAGCUUCUUCUGUGAGAUGCCUGGGCAGGAUAAUGAAGCUGUCUUGGAUUAAGAUGACUCUUCUCUUCUCUCCACCAGUCUCUGCCCUGCAAAACUGCCCCCGGGGGAUGGAGGGAAUUGAUUGAGAAAAGGAGCCUUGGUUCAAAGUGGGAGCGUCCAUGUUCAGGGUCACAGAGCAGAAGCAGUUAAAUCACAUGACUGGCACCUCUGGGCAUGUAAGGCAGUCAGGGCUUCAGGGCAAUGAGCAAUUGGCAGAAAGGCAGGCUUAAGCCGUUUGGGGCCUCACCACAGAACCAACUCUGGGUGGCCUAGUCCUUCCAAGUUCUGGGCCUUCCCUCAAGUACUUCCCAGCUCUGAGGGGACUUCUCAGAUAUUAGGAACAGGCCUCCUGGGAGCCAGCAGUUCUCAGAAGCUCUGGCAGACAGCAGCUGAGCCCUCAAGCCCAGCUCUGGUAGGCAGCAGUCAGGCCAUAGAUUUGCUAGUUUCCUUUUGGAUUCCUUCCCUAAAGAUCAACCAGAGUGAACCAAGGGUGCCUGUAAGGGAGAGUUCAGGGACAGGCUCCACUGCAUAGUCUCCUUCUAACAUUUCUCUCUUUCUCUUUCAGUCAUUUUGUUGGAUUCUCAGGAAUCGCAAGCUGAACUGGGCUGGACGUCACACCCUUCCAAUGGGGUGAGUGGCUGUUCUGGUGCAUUUGUGGUUCUGCAACACACUUGCUGAGCCUGGCCUGGUAGGCUGGCUUGGGAGUGGUGGUGGUGCUGCCACCAGCAAAGCCACUGAGGACACCCAGGCCCAAUCUCUUCUCUUUGGCCAGUUGGUAAUCUUUCCCCCCAGGUUAGUUUUGUUUACUGAUUAAGAGAAUGGCUGCUUUGCUUCUCCCUCAGCAAGGACCCUGCCUGCUGCCUGAAGUCACUUUGGUGGCAGAGAGAAGGGCACUCAUGGUCUCCCAGGAUAGGCAAGCUGUUUCGCUCUACUAAUGGCCAGGCAGUUGCAAGAGGAUAGCUCCCCAUUGGCUUUAACUGUUGAAAUCUGGUUUGAGAAACCCCAGGUGGCCUCAGAAGCCUGCUAGGCUUUUUCUUUUUAAUUUUUAAUCUUUUAAAGUUUGUUAUUAGUAAGUAAAAUAAACCAAAGAAAAAUUGUGUGAAGAAGUACUCGUAAUAUUACAGCAGGGUGAAAGCAUAGAAUCAUUAUAGUUAAAUUUAUUGCUCCAAAACAUUACAUAAUAUAUUCUUUUCUCCCCCAUAAAUCUGUUAGGCUGGUUUAUAUGUAUUCUUUUGUAAUAAGUUAGCUUUAGUUACUAUAGCCCAAAUUUUAGCAAUCUAUUUGCAUGUAGCAGGAAAUAUGCCUCCCCCCUCAUUUUUUAAGCUAUCAUAAUCUUAACAGCUGUUAUAAUCAUUCUGCAGAAUAACAUCUUAUAGAUAACCAAGUAGAAAUCUUUGAGGUUCUGAGGGUAUACGAUACCCUAGCAUAUCAAGGAUAUUGGCCUAAAUAGAUUUCUAGAAUAUUGGUAUUUGAGAACAGCUCCAAAAGAUGUGUAUAUAAUCCGCUUCAUUUAAUCACAUAUCUUCCUUUUUUCUGCCAAUUCUCAUGGACUAUGAAACACCAGGGCACCAGUCCUAUUUUUCUAGAAAAAAGAGGUGCUGGAAUUCACCAUGAACACCUCCCUUGUUCUCUUAUAAUGGCAAUGGAGCCUACCUGAGAGGUACCAGAACUGAGUUCCUGCAGAAAAAAAAGCCCUGAGUGGCACCAAUGACAGACGGGCUCCUUUGCAGGGAGGACCCCAAGCAGCCAUUUCCAUGGAAUAACAGGUGUGUCUUCUUUCAUAUCCUCUGCAGUGGGAAGAGAUCAGUGGGGUGGACGAAAAGGACCGGCCCAUCCGCACAUACCAGAUCUGUAACGUCAUGGAGCCGAACCAGAACAACUGGCUGCAGACCACGUGGAUUUCUCGGCAGGGUGGCCAGAGGAUCUUUGUGGAGGUGAAAUUCACCCUCAGGGACUGCAACAGCAUCCCAGGGGUGGGGGGCACCUGCAAGGAGACCUUCAACCUCUACUACGCAGAGUCCGACUCCAGCCUGGGUCCCAACGUCAGCGAGCAGAAGUACGCCAAGAUAGACACCAUCGCUGCUGACGAGAGCUUCACCCAGGGGGAUCUGGGCGAGCGGAAGAUGAAGCUCAACGUGGAGCUGAGGGAGAUCGGGCACCUCAGCAAGAGGGGCUUCCACCUGGGCUUCCAGGAUGUGGGCGCCUGCGUGGCACUGGUGUCUGUGCGGGUCUAUUACAAAAAGUGCCUCUCCACGGUGCGGAACUUGGCCACCUUCCCCGACACAGUGGCGGAAGCUGCCUUUGCCACCCUGGUGGAAGUGAAGGGGGCCUGCGUCAACCACUCCGAGGUGGAGGCAGACGGCCCUCCCAGGAUGCACUGCAGCGCAGAGGGGGAGUGGCUGGUCCCCAUUGGGAAGUGCGCCUGCAGGGCUGGCUUUGAAGAAAAGGGCAACAGGUGUCAAGGUAAAAGGAACGGCUGUCUGUACCCUUUCCCUUACGCCUGUGUCGUCCACCCACCCCGUCACCUGGUUCUAACGGGCAAAUCAUGUGUUUUGUAGAACUCGCCAUUUGCUGUAACAAGCCCUUACUGCAUAUGUGCACCCAGGGCCUUUGGGCUAAGAUAUGAUGGCAUCUAAAGGCACCUGAGAUUGUGGAGCCUCUCCUCUCCGUGCCAACAGCAAUACUCCCAUUGUUGGAUUUUUCUCUCUUGAGUUGUGGAAUCCCUGAAUCAUUUAACAGCCAUCCUUAAAAAUAUUAUGAGACUGGACAUGAUCUCAUGCGCUGCAGUCUUAAUGAGCCUGCAGAUGUAAUCAUUUUCAGGAUCAGCAAAAGCAGGAGAGUCUUGUCAAGGGGCUUGGUUAAAUUAAAAUUACAAUAAUUUAGAAACACUUUUUUUUGAGAGAGAGGGAGGAAGUGGAAGUGGAUUUCUUCCAGUCUUUGCUCUCUUUGUUGAUUUACCCACACACUCUGAGGGCAACUGCCCUAGGUCCACCAUGUGAGGCUGACACAUCGUCCAUCAACUGCCCAGCUCCUCCUGUCAGGGUAACCAGAAACCUGAAGGGUUUGCAAGGUGGUUUUUACCCCUGCCUGGUGUCCUUGCUUCUCGCAGUUGAUCUCAGUGCUCCAGGCUUGUAGGCUGCUUUGCUUUGCUUCUGCCUUGAUGCUCGCCUUGCUUUACUUCAUUUGGAAGUGGGUCCAGAACCUAGGCAGGAAGACAACUCUGCCCUUCCAGAUGUGGUUGGUUGGACUCAGAUUUCUGCUGAGCUCCAUUCAGCCCCAGCCAGUGAUCGGCAAUGAUGGGAGUUGUAGUCCAGCAACAUCUGGCCUAGAAUGAAGGUGCAGGGCAGUUUAGGGGACUUGCAGCAUUUCCUAAGGGAGGUGGAGUUGGGAAGGGGCAAACGGGGUGUUGUCCCUCAAAGUUAUUCUAACUGGUUGAGAGUUUCCACAAGUCUUAUCAUUGGGCAACUGUAGAUGAGGCAUUAACUCCAAUGACAUAUUUGGAGAAGCUUAAAUUAUCCCAGGGCAAAGUGGUGAUUCUGGCCUCAGGGCACCCCAAGUCCUUGGCAGGUGUUGGGCAACAGCCAGUUCUAACACACAACUUUGACACAACACUUACGGGUUGCCAGGAAGGCUUGAGAAAAGCACACAGUCUUCCCAGCCCCUCAAAUUGGUAGCAAUCCUUUUUUUCCCCAGUGGAAUGUGACUUUUGUGCAUUUUACGGUAAUUAAAAAUGGCUUGGCCAGCCCACCCCACCCCUCUCAUUUCUUUUCAUGACUGGCCUGGAUUUGUCUGCAGAAAAACUGUGUUUAAUAAGCAUUUUUCAGUUUUGCAUAUUUGGCUACUUGGGAAGACACUCCUCAUUUCUCUCUUUCUUUUUAUUUUGACUUCUUCCAAUUUGGGAUCCUGCUUGCAAAACCCAAAGCACCAGCAGUAUUGACCGUCUCCUGGUGGGUUUUCAUGCCCUGCUUUGACCUUGUGGAGAUGAUAGGUGUCUCCCCCCCCCCCCCCCCGCUCACCUCCCCUGCUCCAUGCAGCAGUUCCCCCCUAAUGACAUGAUCAAACACCCCUGACACAUGUAUGCUAACUAGGGCAAUUUCCUGAUUAAAGAAAGUUGAUUAACUGAUUAAAACUGCAUAUAUUUGAAUAUGAAUGAAUGAAAAUAGCCCUGAAAGAGAGGCCCAUUAUUCCUUCCACUUUUUUUGGAGGCUAUAUCUAGGAGGUUUGAAGUGGGGUUGGAAGAAGGGAGGGAGGUGUCCAGUUCUGCAUAUUGACAAGCUAGAAUGUAUGCAGAAGAGGGUGGCCAAGUUGAUCAAGGGUCUGAAAAUCAAGCCUUGUGAGGAACAGUUGAGGCAUAUUUAGCCUGGAGAAGAAAAGACUGAGAGGGGAUACACUUGACAUCUUCAAAUAUCUGAAGGGCUGUCCCAUAGAAGAUGGAGCAAGCUUUUUUUCAGCUGCUGCAGAGGGUAGGACCUAAACCAAUAGAAUCAAAUGACAAGACAUGAGAUUCCAACUAAGCAUCAGGAAGAAGUUACUGAUGGCAUGAACUAUUUGAUGAGAAAUGGGUUCCCUUGGAAGGUAAUGGACUCUCCAUUGGAGGUUUAAAGCAGAAUUUAGAUGGCCAUCUGUCAGGGAUUCUUUAGCUACGAUUCUUGCUUUACAGGGGGCUGGACUAAAUAAUUAUUGUGAUCCCUUCCAAAUGUACAAUUCUGUGAUUCUGUUCCCAUGAUCAUGAAGUGAAGUCCAUAUCCUGAGGACACUGGCAAAGCAGGCAUUAGGUGCCCUGAUGGUGACAGCUCCUUCACUAGCUCAGCAGACCAAAACAUUUCCUGCAGUCCAUCUAUUUUCACAGUUCUCUAUAAAGAUUGGCAUAUGGAACCUUUUGUGGAAAUGUUUGCAUGAUAUUGGUUCAGCUGUUUACUGUUUUAAAACUUGUCUCAGUUGGCGAAAGCAGCCACCUUAAGGAUAUGGCGAGUUUAUCCCGCACUCCCCCCCCCAAAAAAAGUUAAGAGGAACUCUGUGACUGUGUGUUUGCAGUCAAAUGCUCCUCUGUGCUUAUUUGGGUCUCAAACCUCACCCUGGUUCCCUUGGAAUGUAGGGGGCGAUGAGUCUGCCUAGCUUUGUGGCUGCUCAUCUGCUGAUCUCUCUCUUUGCUGAAGUCACUGGCUGUGCUUGGAUGUUACUCCAGUGAGUGGAGCUUCAUGAUGAAGUACAGUGGUACCUCGGGUUACAGAUGCUUCAGGUUACAGACGCUUCAGGUUACAGACUCCGCUAACACAGAAAUAGUACCUCGGGUUAAGAACUUUGCUUCAGGAUGAGAACAGAAAUCCUGCUCCGGCAGUGCGGUGGCAGCAGGAGGUCCCAUUAGCUAAAGUGGUAUCUCAGGUUAAGAACAGUUUCAGGUUAAGAACGGACCUCCAGAACGAAUUAAGUUCUUAACCCGAGGUACCACUGUAGAUGGAGAAGCCUCCCCUCCCUUUUGAGUUCUGAACUCCCACCUGACUCUGAAAGAUUCAACUUCGCUUAUUGACAACCCAUGGUUUAGCAUGUCAUCUGAAGUUGAUAAACUGUGGUUAAUCUUAAUUAUAGUUUUAACUAUGGCUAGUGCAAAGGAGCCAAGAUCAUAUCAUACAUGGUUUACACUAGCCAUGGUUAAGACUAACCAUGGCUCUGGAUGAUUUGUUAAGCUGCAGUUAAUAUAAAACAGAAGCAAGUCUUCUGGUCUUGUUGCAGCUGUGCUGGAGGGGAGGCACACAAGCCCCAGAAUAGGAUAGGGUCAUUCUCAUGCUAAACUAUGGUUAGCAAGCUAGCCCACUGGGCCUUCCAUCAUUGGCUAUGGGAAGAAGGCGAGAAAUGGUUUCGCAUCCUGCUGGGCACGUACUUUUGUGAAUCUGGAGCCCUCCAGCACAAGAAGCAGCUGACAACUCCUGCAAACGCUGCCCAUCUUUCUCACACCCUUCGCUCAGCAGCAGCAAGGAGACUUCCAGCGAAGUCCAAGGUUAAUAUUUAUCAGCUGGGUUUCUUGCAAAUGAGACAACUUCAACCAGCCAUCAAAUUAAUAUGAUGGAGAUCCAGUUCCAAAAAUAACUGUCAGCCACUUCUCCUUGACAGAGGCAUAAAUUGGUGCUGCAGGAGAAUUUCUAUUACAGCAUGUUCCUCUCUGGCUUUGACAGCAGUGGUGGGAGGCUGUGCUGUGUUAAUAUUCUGCUGGCUUUAUGGCAGGCAGGCGUGGCUGAGGAAAGUGGCCGCUUUGCAGGGAGCCUCUGUUGCAGAGGCAAUUGCCAGCCCUGUGCCAAGAAAUGAAGAGAUAAUUUGUUGGCUGUGCCUCAGGCCUCUGAAAAUCUUCUGAGCAAAGGUAGUGGAAGAGCCUGAACUCAUUUCAGGGUGGACUUGGAAAGAGGCUCAGAAAUUAAUUUCUUUCCUUUGGGUUAGGGAAAGGAGUUCUGCAUAUCAAGUCCACCUUCUCUGUGAGAAGCUCUUGGAGGAUUUGCCCCUGCUGUUAAAUUUGGCACGAGACAGUUGGAGGAGGGGGGAGAAGGAGGAGGAAGGAUCCUGCCUCUUAAUGGCUCCUGUGCCCAUUAAACCAGGGGACAACUUUAAUUGGCUGAUGGAUUCUACAGAAGUGUCCAGGAACAUAAUUAAGCUGCAUGGUGUAAUUGGGGUUAAUAAUAAUUAGGCAAGAUGGAGUGAAUGGCUGUCUGGGCCCUUCUGUUUCUCUCUCAAACUUGACCUUCAGUAACUGAUAGCAGUCUGGAACUGCAUAAUCCUCUCUUGCAGAAGCCGGUGUAGCUGAAAGGCCCUGCUAGGGCAAACCAGGGUUUGUCUGCUCUAGAAGUUUGCCUGGUAUCAGUAUUGAACUCUCUGGUCUGUAGUUUCUGCACUUUUCUCUUUUUUGCAGUUAGGGAGUGGAGGACGUUCACCCAUCUCCACUUCUCAGGCCAUUCUCAAAGGCUACAGUCAGUGGCUUUGAAAUAUCAUAAUAGCCACAAUCUGCUUUCGCAACUGAAGGUGCAAUUCAUCUGGCCCUGCAGACUUAAAAAUCAUUUGUUAAAAUUAUCAGUAUACUACCUUGUCUUUCAAAGGACUAUCAAGGCAGUUUACAGGGCAAAAAAACCCAGAGCAUAGUAUAACAACAAAAACCAUGUAAUUUAUAGUAGUCUGGUUUCUCUAACCAUCUCCCUAUUUAUUCUGGGCUACAAGACCCUCAUUGUGUCAUUCCUUCCACUUUCAAGACCAAGGCAGAAUCUGGAGCUAAUCUGUGGUGAUUUGUCUAUCAUUCCAUCUCCUGCCCCUCUCCCAUCUUCCUCUCAGCUCCCCUGGUGAGAUUUCCUGGUCAGGUUCAUGGAGCUUGUCUUCUAGGAGAAAAAGCCAUUCAACAGCACCUGCUUCCUUAGGCCCUGUCUUCACAAUUGUGUAUGUGUGCAGAUUAGACAGUGGAAGAAGAGCUGUCUGCUUUCUCUGUGUCUGCCAGAUGGUUGCAAGAAAGGCACCCCUGCGACUGUGGAGCUUUCCCGUUUUCCCUUCUGGACUUGGCAAUGCAUGAAUUGGCCCAGCCAGUUUGUGUGAACCACAACUCUGCUUGUAACCAUAGCUGCUCUGAUCCUGCAAAAGUCCAGUGGCCUGUCCCUUAUGGAGGAGUUUCUUGCAUGUCCAGACAAUGUCAAGCCUAUCCUGAUGUUUCAACUGUGUCGUUCAUUGGAAGAUCAACAGGAGCUGCAGCUCAGGCCUCAUGCAGCUAGACUGUGGACUCAGAACAGCUGAAAGAGCCACUUCUCAUCUCAGAAUUGCAUGAGUGAUGUCUGCCACCCGAGAACUCUGUAAUACCAGAACAGAGGAAUUAGGGACCUGCUGCUCACUUUUGCAGCAUCUCACUGAUCCUGCCACUUUCUCCCUCUUUAUCUCCUUGGCGCAUCCUCCUUCUCAUAGAGUCCCUCAAGCCUCCUGCUUCAUUAUUGUGCUGAGCCACAUAUUACAUUGCCUGUCUGAAAUAAUUACGGGUAUGGAAAUCACAGCAGAGGCUCACACAAUUUUCCCCCUGACACUUAAUUUUCAAGGAGACAACUCUGAAAAUUACAAGCAUUGCUACUUGUUUUGUGCAAUCCUUGUCAAGCAAAUGGAAUCUUUGGCUGCCCUGGGGGGGACCCAUUUGUUACACAAGCGCAGGGAGUAAAUGUAGUUGGUACCAAGUGAGAACAAAAUUGGUAGGUGAUUUUCUUUGGGGGAUUAGACCUAUCCACACCAAGAGUUUGCUAUUUUCUCUGCCAUGCUACAUAUUGUAUGCAAUGACUUGAAGAGGCAGAAGGAGAAGUUGCAUUUUGUGUGUGAGCUUCCUCUCCUGACAUUUUGCUGAGAACUCUGUGGAGAGUGAUGUGUCUAUGCUAGGGUUGCCUGAUUUCUCCCAUAACCAGAAUACCCCAAGCCAGCCUUCUGCACUAACUCUCCACAAUUAGUUUCGCCUGUGUAAGGUCUUGGUAGAAUGGCAACGAAGAUGCAUUAUCUAGUAAUUUGUCACUGUGAUGCACAGUUUUACAAGGGACAAACCUUAAGGAGGUUUUGCAUUCGAAAAUUUGGAAUGUAUAGCUGAAAGACCACUGCCUUCUCUACUGCUCCGCGGAGUUCAGUCUUCACGCAGGGCUGGAAAAGUCUUCUGCCUGGAAUCCGAGAGCUGCUGCCAGCCAGGGUAGGCAGUCCUGAGCAAGAUGAACCUAUGAGCUUCAUGUGUUCCUCUGGGUGCAGCAACACUUUCCCCAAUACACCUUUUAAAUAUAUUCCCCUCUUUGCAACUCGUUGCCUGUUUUGUGCUGGGUUCUUCCCCAGAAAUGGCUUUUCCCUUUCCCUUGGCCUCAGCUUUGUUGCCUCUUGCUGUCUCCUUUCAGCCUGCUCUCCUGGAUAUUACAAGAGGUCUGCUCGGAUUCUGCGCUGCUCUCCCUGCCCUCCACGCAGCUUUACACAGCAGGAAGGUUCCACCUUUUGCUUCUGCCAGGCGACCUACACCCGGGCCCCUUCAGACUUGCCGUCUGCACCCUGCACCCGUAAGGCAUCCUUUUUCUGGUAGUAGAGAUUGCAAGGUUGGCUCAUCUAUCAGUGAGGGGUGCUAAGAGGCAUCCUCAAUCACACAAGCACCUUUGCAAGCAGGUGUGUGAGUGUGACCAAUGGGGGUGUGGCUUUUCUGAAUCUUGGGCCUGGAGUUGCAGAAUGCCAUGAUGGCAUUGCAUUGCAUGACAGCUCCAGAGGUGGAAUAGCAAGAAAACUAGUGGCAAAAUGGCCACCUGUUUUGCUUAUUUAAAAACAGGGCUCUACCAUUUUAAGUGCCCUUUGAAGUUAGGGUGCCAUGCAACAUCCCCACCCCUUGUCGCUGAUAUGCCUAACCACUGUCUUGUUUGCAGGACCCCCAUCGGCACCUGUGAACCUCGUCUACCGCUUGAAGCAGUCCACCCUAGUCCUCGAGUGGAAUCCCCCAGUGGACUUGGGAGGGCGCAGCGACAUCUCCUAUAACCUCCUGUGCCUUCACUGCUCCCCCUCUUCUCAGUGCACACCCUGCGGCCAUGGGGUGAGCUUCGUGCCCCAGCAGAGGGGCUUGGUGGGCAGGACAGCCACCCUCAUGAACUUGCUGCCCCAGGCCAACUACACCAUUCGCGUGGAGGCUGUCAGUGGUGUCUCAGGCUUGGGUAGCUCAUCUGAGCAGCCAUAUGCAGAAAUGACCAUCUUUACCGGGGUGACAGGUAGGAAAGCAGGUGGGGUGUUUUGUGGGGGGAGGUAUUCUCUCUGCUUGAUGUGCCUGCCUUUCAGCCUACUGCUUAUGAAAUAUUUUAUGAUCUAUUUAUUUAAUGCAUUUAUAUAUUUCCUUUGAGAAGCCUAAGGGGACACACGUGGUUCUUCCUCCUUCCUCAUUAUUCCCCACAACAGCCUUGUGAAGUAGGUGAGGCUGAGAAGCAGUGCCUGGCCCCCAAGGUCUCCCAGUGAGCUUCAUGGCUGAGUGAUGAUUCGAACCCUGGUCUCUCCCAGGUCCUCGUUCGACACUUGAAACACUGCGCCACACUGGCUUUCAAGACAGCUUGUGGGUGGAGGGGAGAGAGAUGGCCUCAGAAGUAGCUGCAAGUUAUCUUGAGAAACUAAAUACUGAUCUUGUGGGGGUGGGGGAGGGAAAUCAGAGGUUGAACCUGGAUUUAUCUACCUGGCCUCUGCAGGGCCCUCACCACUUUUACCCUACACUCAGUACCUAUUUGCAGGGCCACAACAGGGCAGCAAAGAGAGAGGGAGAAAGAAACUGUUCAGAGUUGCCUUGAGUUCCUCUCUGCCAGGAAAACAAGGUCAUAAUAGAUUAUUAAUAGACAAGGUUGGGCAUUAUGGGGUGGGAGCUCAUUGCCCUCUUUUCAGCUUAGUGGGGCCCAUCCCUGAGGCUCACCCCACUGCUGAGCCAGAAUCCUCCUAUGGCCUAUGUGAAACCAGUUCACAGGCAGGGUCAAACUCCUUAUGAAACAUUUCUUCAGGUCUCUGCAGAGCAAGAGAUCAGAGUCUUCAUUGGAAAGUGGAUGAGAAAGCAGUGGGUAGCUGUUCAAAUCAGGGUUGAAAGAGCCUGUGACACAACCUCUGCUUUCUCAGCCUGUUAGAUAGCAGUGGGGGUGGCGAGGGGAGAGAUUUGGUUUGCACUUCCUGGAACAAUAUGUGAAUUGAAAUGCAGCUCCUUUUCAAAAUUUGCUAUGCCGAUCUUCAACAGAAAGGCUGGACUCGCAUCCUGCAAAGCAUCUUAAAGUGAUUUCACAACACAAUAAAAACAUAUAUUUAAAAACGGCAUAGCUACAAAACCUAUUUCAAGUCCAAUAUUAGUGAAAGUGUUAUGCAAAUACGCAUUGGAAGAGAUUCCUUUCACUAGUGUGCCUCUGCUUGGGGAAAUGAAAUGCUGACAAACGCUCAGGCUUGACAUUAAUAAAUUGCAAACUGAUGUGGAGAAAGAAUGAGAAGCUGAAAUAGGCUGUCCUUUGCCCACCCUGAAGGCUGCAGCUGCCCAGAGUGGCUGCGGCAACCCAGUCAGAUGGGCAGGGUACAAAAAAUAAAAUUUAUCAUCAUUUUCCUCUGCCACCUCUCAAAGCUAGGUUCACUUGCUCUGUUUGUUUCCUUUCCCAUCCAUGCUCCUAUGCUGUCCUUUUCCUCCCUCUUGGUUGGCUUCUUAAUUAAGGAGAGCAUUGGUGUCCCAGGGAGCCGAAGUGAUCAAAUCAAGCCAUGGGGUAGUGAAUAAUUUAAUGUUUGCUUUUCCGGGAUAUGGGCAAUGUGGUGGGGGGGAGGGGGAGGGGGAGGGGUGUGUGUCUGAAAUAUGAAUGAGCACAGAGUGUAUUUACAGCAGUAGUUCACAGCAUGAAAGCUUGUGUGGUGGUUUUAGCCUCUUUAAAAGAGCUUGCAUGCUUUCUGCUUUCCAGCUUGUUGGCGUAUGUCUGUCUCAAGAGAUAGUGGAGCGCACCUCUGUGGGUGAGGUCAAACCCGAUGCGUUAGCAGCCCCAAAGUGACCUCUCUGGGGCGCAAGCCUGGGCAGUGUGUAUGGAGGCUCUGGGCUGCCCAGACGACAAGACUCCCCACUUGGCCAUGCUGAUGUGGUUCAAAGGAAAGCAGAGCAAUACGUUUGGCACCAGCUUGGCUGCAGGAGCUGUCAGAAAGAGGCAUACGAAGCAUCAUCCAACUGUCUUAGGGGCUCCACUAUAGAUUUGUAUAGGGUUUACUGCAGGGGUCAGCAAACUUUUUCAGCAGGUCCACUAUCCCUCAGACCUUGUGGGGGGCCGGACUAUAUUUUGGGGGUGGAAAUGAAAGAAUUCCUAUGCCCCACAAAUAACCCAGAGAUGCAUUUUAAAUAAAAGCACACAUUCUACUCAUGUAAAAACACGCUGAUUCCUGGACUGUCCACGGGCUGGAUUUAGAAGGCGAUUAGGCCAGAUCCAGCCCCCAGGCCUUAGUUUGCCUACCCAUGGUUUACUGUUUAGCCUUUUCUUGACCCAAAGGUGUCCCACAAGGCAGUGGAGGUUUAGGAUCAGAGCUUAUCUCUUGGAAGGGCUACCUUCCCAGGUUGAUGGGCUCCCUCACCCCCUCACUUCCUUCUACAGCAUGUGCAGAAACAGCCUUCUUGACUAUUGGGCUACUAUUGGUUUCCUCAAUCCUUCACAGCUUGUCCUCACAUGCAGGGGAAGUCCCUAACUUACCGAGGGUUUGAAACCCAUCAUCUACCCUCACCUGGUUUAGCCGGCCAGCCAAAACCAUUCCUUGGGUUUGGCCACUGUCACAUACUGACAACGUCCAGGAGCCACAGCUGAGAGCUGAGUGCAGAGUGGGGACCAAAGGAGGACAAACUACCCCAAAAGGAGCACAAUGUGUCCCCCACCAGAGAUACUACCCCUCCCCUAAUACCCCGCACCCCACCCCAUGCUUUCUAGAUUCUCUUCAGAAAAUUCUGUUCCUUUUCAGACUGGACUUUUGGAGCCUUCCAGCACUUUGCUCCCAAUCCUGGCCCAAAUAACUUUGACUGGCACUAAACUUGAUUUAUUUAUAGGAAUAGCAAACUGGACUAGGCUUGUGGGUUAUGCAAAUUGCCAUUCUGAAUAAUGGUUUUUAUGGGGUUGAAUAGGGGGAGGAGUUUAUGGAUGUAAGGGUGCAGUGAAAAAGUUUGGGAACAACUGUACUACAGCUUCAUGGCAAAAAUAAGGAGCCCUACAGGGGCUGCCUAAGGUCUUGUGGGCCAGUCAUGCCCAGGCAAAGCUGCUGGUGACCCACCUGCCUUUCUUCUCUUUGGCUUUCUUAGCCCAGAGGCUCGUCACUGACAUCCGCGCUGAGAGAAUUGAGCAGAAGAGCAUCUCCUUGUCCUGGCAAGAGGCCAGCGCCCUGAGUGCCAAUGACACAGAAUAUGACAUUAGCUUCUAUGAAAAGGUAACUGUUUCAGGAGGGGUGCUGUUGUCUUCAACUCUGAAAGGCAGAUCCCCUCAUUUUCUGCACUGGAGCUGCUCUUUGGGGCAUAGUCUCUCCCCGCACCCCCACCCCACCACCCAGCACUUCCACCAUUGCUGCUUAUAAGAGUUCAGGGAUGGUGAGAAAGAAUAUGGAAUCCACACACCAGCAGGGUGGAGAGGGACAGCACCUCCAUCUCUGCUUGACUUAAGCUAGUUCCUGGUUUGUUUCUUGUUUAUUUACAGCAUUUCUGUACCGGCUCUUCACCAAAUUCUUGAGGCUGUGUACAUAUUAAAAGACACAGCAAUAUACACAGUAAAUAUGUUAUUUUUUAAGAAAGGAAAAUAUAGCUGUGCGCCACCCCAAUUUCCGAGCAGAGAGAGACCCUGGGGGUUCCAGGCUCUUACCCAGGUUCAAUUUUCUUGGAAUGAAGGUUGGCAGAGACAAUGUCUUUAGGAUAUGUGGUUUUAUUUACACAUAUAUACAACCUGAGCAUAAGAUGGAGGGGCUUUCAGCAUCAACACCCCAACAGAUCUUGCUUCUCCAUUAGUCACAGCUUUGGAUCCAGCACAGAGCAAAUAUUUCACUGUGUCUCCAGAUUCCACCUUGCUUCUGGCUCAGCUCAUACACAACCUCUGGCUAUUGUUUCCCUACCUAGCAGCUGGAUUGGGGUGGGUGGGUGGAGAAAAGGCUCACCCAUUAGCCUGGAGGGCACCAUCACUUAGUUGUAGCUCUCACAACCUAGCUGAUUCUUUCGGGAUGUUGAUGAGGACACUUGUGGCCAAAGAGACUUUUCUGACCAGUUCAGCUAUAGAAUCUUCUAUUAGAUUUUAACCCUCAUUUGAUACAGGACUCCAAGAACUGGAAGGGACUCAGGGCAUCAUCCAGACUGACCCCCCAAACUCACAACUAUAUAUAGAAUAAAAUGCAGCUGUAGGAGGGCAGAACACAGAGCCCUUUCAUUUUGUGGCCUGCCUUGGCUGGGGCCUCCACAUACAGCCUCUUGGCUGAGAGUGUUAGACCUUAAUUUAACAAAGCCAGACAUCUGUGUCUUUUUCUUGCUGAUUUGAUUUACAUUUGGCUUCUAGCAAAGCCCGUCCCAAGUGCCUUCUCCCUUCUUAACAACCUAGAGUGGAGCAAUAUACCAAUCCUAGAAGAAUGAACUAGUCUCUUCUCAGAUCUGGGGAGCAGCAUCUCACCCCUAAUCUGAAACUCUGGGGUCCCACAGGGUCAGAAAGAGCAGAGCUACUCAUCCCUGAAGACCACCUUCCCAGCCGUGACAGUGGACAACCUGAAACCCAGCACACUCUAUGUGUUCCAAGUCCAGAAGACGUCUUCCGCUUUCCAGGACCACGGGAACUGCAGCCACAGCAUUGAGGUGGAAACGCUGGGGGAGAGUGAGUGUGCAAGUGUCUCUGGAGAGGCUGCAACAAAACCACUUGGGAGGCUUGCACCCUCUGUGACUCCAACUGGCUUACCCUUUACAGCUCUUACCUGGCCUAGCAGCCCCUCAGUCCCCCAGUGAACAGGGAGGGGGGUGCCGAGAAGGCCAGGUAUCAGCUUAAUAACUCUGCCUAGCUGGAAAUGAAAGCACUGGGGUGAUGCACCCAGCAGGAAUUCUACAGGCUGUGUUUAAUGGGGCUUUAAAUUGCAUCCAUUUGCCACACAAGAUGCUUUUGGAACAAACUGAAUUGAAUAAAAAAUUUCUCAUAGAAUGUAGCCAUUUGCAGAAGCCAGAAAGCCAAGUCUUAAAGUGUUGAAGGAAAACCACUUUGUAAGCCAUACAUUUUAAUGCCUCUCUUCUAAAGAAUAUUUCGUUAAUGCUGCCUAACAGACCAUGAGGCAGGGGGUGGGAGGAUGAAAACAAGCUCCUGGCUGCUCGCCCACAAUGCUUUUGCACUGCCCUUUGACCCAUUCAUGAAGUCACUUACUCUUGAAAUUAAAUGAAAAUAGCAGAGGAAGCAAUAAGUACCGUAACUAGUUUAUGCCAAAGAGAGUUUCCAGAGGUAGAGGGAAAUAAGUCUGCCUGGAUCAAAAAGAAGCGGGUAGGAGAAUUAAAUCCAAAAGUCCUAAAAGGCUCUGACUUGGAUUUCUUGAUGUAUCCAGUGACUUUUGCCCACUGUGAGUUUGCCCAGAAGUCAGUCCUUGGUGGCAACUGGAUUCCUUUCCCACUCCUUUAAAUGCCAUAAAAGCCCCUUGCUAAGAAACUUCUGUUUCGUGGACCACCAACUACAGCAAAGUGGUCUUGGUUUCCAGGGAAUGUGCCUGAUCUUUAUUUAUAAAAAAUAUUUGUGCCAUAAAAAUAUAUAUCAAAGCUGUUCACAGCAACAAAACCGUACAAUAAAAACUAUAAAAAGUUAUAAGCAGACAUCAACUAACCAUUAUGAAGGGAUGUAUUCUUAACUGCCUGCAUAGGCUUGGCAGAAUAGGAAAGUUCUCAGAAGGAGAGACAUACAAAGAUGUCUCCUCUCCCAAGGUAAGCAAGAAGAAGGCAAUGAGGAAAGAAAGUAUGAGAGUAUCAGUCUAGCACCCAGGGGAAGGUCAGCACAGGUUAAAGGGCAGUCUGGGAAGUCUGGAGGUUCCUCUUAUUCUCUGAUUUCUCCCAUGUAUUCCAACACUUCCAAUAGUCACAGCUUGCAACAAGGAGUGGGAGGUGAAAGCUCAGCACCGUUUCUACAUCUCCAUCCUCUUGGGACUUAGGACCAGGCUAGAUAUGGCUUCCGUUGCAGGACUAGCAGUAGCAUUGGGAGAUUUAAAAAAUUAUGUUAAGGCUGCAGCAUGCAGGGAGGGGCGUUUUAUCACCUCCAGUCCCAGCUGUGAUCCUGACAAAAAUGGCCUCUUUGACAAUGGGAACUUUUCACCAUAAAGCUAACUAGGGCAUGGGGGUAUUUCCAUCAGGAUUACAAGUGGAGAGAGACAGAAAAGCAGAACUGUGGCCCUAGGCCUAGAAUUGUACAGUUGUACCUUGGUUCUUGAAUGCCUUGCGACUCAAACGUUUUGGCUCCCGAACGCUGCAAUCCUGGAAGUGAGUGUUCCAGUUUGCGAACAUUUUUUGGAACCCGAACGUCCAACGCGGCUUCCAAUUGAGUGCAGGAAACUCCUGCAGCCAAUCGGAAGCCACGCCUUUGUUUUUGAACGUUUUCAGAAGUCGAACGGACUUCUGGAACAGAUUAAGUUUGAGAACCAAGGUACGACUGCAUUGUUAAAGUCUCCCAGCAUUGCUGCUUGCCAGCCAACAACACAAUUAAAGCAAAUGUCCUAGUGAGGUUGCCUUUGGCCCUUGAACAUGCUGUUGCUCAAGAUGAGCCAGGCCCUGCUGCUCUUGGCUUCUGUGGGUCUAACUCCCAUUUCCUUCUAUUUCUCCACCCCCAACUUCUUCCUGCAGCCACUGCUGUCGCUUUCCAUGAGCAGAGCCCCAUAGUCCUUGUGGUCAUUGUGGCGAUUGCUGGGCUGAUUGUGUUGGUCUCUGUGAUCCUGGGCAUCCUGACCUGGAGGAGGUGAGCACGUGACCAUCCCAUGUUGCCCACUCCCUCCCACUCCUCUGCUAAGAGGUUGCUGAGUAGGGCAGCUGGAGCAUGAUCAUACUAGCUUAAAAAAAGACAAGUGAGUUGGGCUGAGGACACAGCUCUUUUUGGGACUCGACGCCUUUCUUCACAGCUUAUAUUGGGGCUUUGCUUGAGGCCACUUCUGGGGCAGGUCCUGGCUGAGAAGGUAUAAUGUGGCUUUUGCUUCUCCCCCUUGCAGGCAGUGUGACUACGGCAAGGCCUACCGGGAUGGAGAGGAGGAGCUGUACUUCCACUGUGAGUUGAAGGCAGAGGGAGGAGAAAGGGUAGGAGGUUUCCCUGCUACUAGUGAUGUAGGAGUGGCAAGAGGCUCUCCUGGAGUCCAGCUUUGGAGAUGAGCUACAGUGGUACUGUUUUAGACUCCAAACAUGACAGCCAUCCUGGGCUUCCCUCCUCUCCUCUCUAGACUGACUCUGAAGUGUGCAUUUGCAGGGCCCCCUCUUCAUUCUGCCCAGGCAGAUGCCCUAAGGAACUGCUCCUGCAAGGAAGCCUCCAGGGCCUUGUGAGGCUCUUGUUUUCAUGUACUCGAAAACGGCUGCAGCUUGCCAAGUGGGCACAUCCUGCUCUGGGUUAAGCUUCAGCAACUGCUCUGAGCUCCACAAACUGUGGCACUGGAGUGGUAGAAGGAAGGCACCAGAAAUGCAUGCUGGAUUCAAUACUAAAGCUCAGGGCAGAUAAAAUAAGGCACUUCUCCAUGCAGCACAUAGUUAAGCUAGAGAACUCCCCCAGGAGGCAGUAAUGGCCACCGACUUGGAUGCCUUUAACAGAAGAUUGGACAAAUUCAUGGAGGAGAGGGCUAUUGAUGGCUACUCAUCAUGGUGGCUAUGCUCUGUCUCCAUGGCUGAAGGCAGUAAAUGCUUCUGAAUGCCAGUUUCUGGAAACCACAGGAGAAGAAAGGGCUCUUGUGUGCAGGUCCUGCUUGCAUGUUUCUCAUAGGGGCAUCUGGUUGGCCAGGAUGCUGGACUAGAGGAGUCAUUGGCAUGAUCCAGCACACUCUUCUUAUGGUCUGAUGUUAAGCUACAGCUUGGUCCUGCAGAGGACUCCAAGGCAGAUGGAACAGAGGCCAUCAACAGUCGAGUAGCAAAAACGUCUGAUUUCUUGGCUGUAUAGAAAAGCAGGAGACCAAACAGUAGGGCUCAUGAAUUUCAGACCCCCUCAGAGGGUCCAGGCCAAAGGCAACCAAGGCCAGUGGGUGAGACUAAUGGUACCUUUUCUCACCAGUUCCAAACCUUCCUUCAAAGUGUCUCCAAUGCAAGUUAAAUACUUAAGUUUGCCAAGGCAUCAAAUAUAAACUGAUUUCCUUCAUAACUUGCAAGUUUUAAUACAGUCACUUACAGGAUACUUUCGGUAAGUGGUUAAACUACAGCAUUGCUCACACACAUAUCUACCUGGUCUGUACAGAGAUGUCUGUGUUCCAGCCAGGAAGGAACUGUUGCUAUGUAUUAACUCCCUAGAAAGAUGUUAAAUGAGACUGGUUUUCCCUUUUCCCUCCAGUAAGGAGAGAGAUCCUGGCUUGUUGUCUAAACUGCCACAUUAGUGGGUUUCUUUGAGGUCCAGCCUCAAAAGUAGCUUUAUUCUGGAUGAGUGACAAAAAGGGCUGGACAUGGAAGGCAGGUUUCUACAACGGUAAAGACAUAGGGAGGGGGCGGAUGGCAGGAGCAGGGGAAAAUAUUUGUUUCUUGGCUGGAUUCUGCCAGGUUGGGGAAAUUUGCAGCACCUCAAUGUUGGCAAAAGGCCUUAACGCCAUCUCUGCUGCCCCAUUGUAGUCAAGAUACCAACCCGGAGGAUGUAUGUUGACCCCAAGACCUGUGAAGACCCCCUACAGGCUGUCUCUCUCUUUGCCAAGGAACUUGAUAGCUCCAGCAUCAAAAUGGAAAAGCUGCUUGGGACAGGUGAGUGUUGUGGAUCCAGGCCCUUUGCUUUUCAGUGAGCCAUGCUUCAUUGUGCUGGGGAAGCAGCUGUGCACCUAUGUGGGAGCCCCUUGACCUGGAGAGGCCACAGCCCUGCUGCUGUCUUCUCCAUAUGUUGCAUGCCCACCUCCUCUUCUUAAAGAACCUAGGAAGCUACCUUGUACUGAGUUAGGUCAUCAGUCCUUCUAGUUCAGUACUGUCUACAAUGAUAAUUGUGAGCACUGAGAAAAGUAUGUUGUGAUUGCUUAAGACCCAGCAUGGGAUUCUCAAAAAUAAGUCAGGUCAGACAAAUCUCAUUUCUUUUUUUUUUGAUGGAGUUACAAGCUUGGUGGAUCAGGGGAAUGCUGUGGACAUAGUGUAUCUUGAUUUCAGUAAGGCUUUUGACAAAGUCCCUCACAAUAUUCUUGCGAGGAAGCUGGUAAAAUGUGGGUUGAACAAGGUAACUGUUCAAGCAGGGGAAGCCUCCAGGGAACCUGAGGAUAAACUGUAGGAACUGAUUGCAUAUAGUUAGGUAUUAAAAGAAUGAUUCCCAAAUGGGGGCAGUGGGAUUACCUUGGGCGGGGGGUAGCAGGGGAGCACUGGAGUGUGAAUUUGACUUUGAAAAGCUCAUAUCACUGAAUCAAGUUAAAUUAGACUUUGAAAAGCUGGUAUCACUGGAUCAAGUUAAUCAGGUUUGUUGAAUUAAUUAAACAGUUUUAAUUAGAUUUUGAGUAAAUGUGCAAUUAAUUGUUAGUGUUUUCAAUCUUAUUGUGUUAUUUAUUAUCUUCCUUAGUGGGUCAUGCAAACUGCUACUCCGAAUAACACUUUUUACAUGGAAGGGGGCACUGGGGAUGCAUUUAUGGAACCAAGGGGGCAGUGGCCCCCAAAAGUUCAGGAACCACUGUGUUAGAACAGUUAUGGGCCCUGAAUCAUAAAAGGCGAUAGAUAAUUCAAAACAGCACAAUAGCACAAACUAGAUGAAAUUUAAGAGAAACAACAACAAUGGCAUUGGGUCUUCUCCCAGAGCUGCAGCAGCACCCCACCCCACCCCUUUUCUCCCUUUCUCAACUGGCACACGCCAACUUUUCCUUUCUCUGCCAUUCCUUGCUGCUAGAACUUUUCCAAUAAAAAACCCUCUGUAGGAAGCCAUGAGGGACUGCGGGGGCCUCAUAUUUCGGCAGUGGCUCCCUUUCCACUUUCAGAGUCCGGGGGGAGGGUGCUGUUGCAUAUGGAUUUCUUGCUUACGCAGAGAGGGAGUUUGGUUCUAACGCCGGGUCCUUCUUCCGGGCAGGAGAAUUUGGAGACAUCUGCCAGGGGUGCCUGAAGCUCCCCAGUAAGCGGGAGCUGCCUGUGGCCAUCCGGACCCUGCAAGCCAGCUGCUCUGAAAAGCAGGUCCACACCUUCCUCACUGAGGCCAGCAUCAUGGGCCAGUUUGACCACUCCAACAUUGUCCGUCUGGAGGGAGUUGUUACCAGAGGUAAGACGCACUUAUGGAUUCUGCCCAUUUGCAUGCCAGAAGAUGGUGCUUCCUUCAGAACGCCAGGCAGUCGUUCCUUGCAUAGCCCCUUGAAGCGCCUGUGUUGCACACCUUCAAGGGAGGUCCAAGACUGUGUAUCAGGCACUGACCUCUGCUGCCUUGCCAAGUGUAUGUUGAGAAGAUGCACAAGCUUGAUUUCAACUGUGUGUGUGUGUGUGUGUGUGUGUGCGCGUGUGUGUGUGUGUGUGUGUGUGUGUGUGUGUGUGCGUGUAUGGGGAGGUGGCUCUCUUCCGCAUUUGUAUUCUGGAACCUCAGGCUGCUCUACCUGGGGUUUGGGAUUAUUUCCAGGCAGUGCCCCUAACUGUUCCUGCUUGAGGGCAUUGGGAAUCUCCUUGCUGUGGUGAUGCCUCUUCCUUGCUAAAAUGGAGGUGUGGUGUGUUUGUGUAAAAAAAGUCUGCCUUUUGUGUGUAUAGAAUGUAUCCUAUUGCCAUGGGCGUAGCCAGGAUUUGGGGGGGGGCCUUUUGUUUUUUUGGGGGCAGAAUCUGUUAGCUAUGUAUUUUUAUUAAUUUUUAUUGAUUAAGGGGAGCAGUUGCCCCUGCCUGCCACCCCUUGACUACGCCCAUGUCUACUGCACAAGGAUAAAGGGUCACAUUCAUUGCCGUGCCCAUUACUAGUAUGCAGCCCCAAGACCUAGGAGGGAAUGCAGCCCUACAAGUGAGAGAACCUGCUGCCUUUUUUCUCCUGUGUCCCCCACCCAUGGGGAGCAAAGAAUACAUUUUUCUCUCUUCCAUAUCACUAGAACUCAUGGACAUUCAAUGAAACUGAAGGUCUAUCGAGGCCUACUAGAUGGACCAUUGGUCUGAUCCAGCAGGCUCUACUUAUGUUCUUAGAAAAUACGGCUUUGCAUUGAGGCAGCGGUUGCUGGUCUUCCUGCACAUGGCACUCCUUCUAGGAACAUGGUGUACUAUGCAUGAAAAGCAGCAGGAGCCACCAGGUUUGAUGUUUAAGGGCAUGCUGGCUUCACACUGUGAGGCAGUUCAGGUGGUUCUGUGGACAGCUUACACCAAGGAAAAGUGUGAUCAGGCAGGCAAAUGCCCCAAUGCCCUCCCUCUCCUUAACAGUCAUUAAGGGACUGGAAUAAUUACGCACUUACUUGUGGCCAGCAAAAAUGAAAGCAGCCGCUGCCUGGCUUGGGUUUUUUUUGUGUGUGUGUGUAGCUGCAGUUCUGCCUAAUUGCCUGGGUGAUUUAAAAGCCAUCUCAGGAAAGUGACUGUCCUGUGUGAAGGCAGGGAGAGAAUACUGAUGGUUUUCUUAAUUGCUUGCAGUGGAGUCAGUGGUGGUUAAUGUAGUUUAGAAAGACGAUUAUCCAGAAAUGCUGGGACUACACACUCUGGAGGCCAAAGGUUCAUUUAUGUGUCAGUUCCAGCCCACAACAUUAAGAUGCUUAGGGAUUCUGUAGCUAAUUUAAUAAGCUGGGAAGCCAAUCUCACUGCAAAGGGUUCAUUGAGCAGCUGGUCUUCAUUCAUCAGGCUAGUCCAGAGAGAGGGGAGUUUUAGGGCAACAGCAUAAGCAGGUGGGCAAUUGCUCCUUGCAUGGCAUCGCUCCAUGGAACUGCCUUACUGGGACCAAGCAAUUGCUUCCUCCCACAAGGGCGCUUCAAAGGUAAUGUACUCCAAUUUGUUACUAGUGCAGGAAGUACAGCACUACAACACUGCCUCUGUGUGAACAUGCAUGUGAUGUUGCUACCAGCGCAUGAUUAACAACUUCCUGACCUAAUGUCACAGACCGAGCCCUCUGUCUCAUCCAGUUGGUUUUCAGACAGACAGACAGACACAGAGACUGGAUUCUUGUUUCUCUAUGUAGGGAACCCGAUGAUGACUGUGAUGGAGUACAUGGAGAAUGGGGUGCUGGACUCCUUUCUGCGGGUGAGUGAGACCUUUCCCUGAUAGUGGGAUGAGCUAUAUGCCAGCCACCUGCCUGGUGGAGUCCUCUGCUGAUGUGCCUGCAGCCAGCCUCAUGGAUCUUUCUCUUCCCACCCAUAGCGGCAUGAGGGGCAGCUCAUGGCUUCCCAGCUGAUUGGCAUGCUGCAGGGGAUUGCCUCCGGGAUGAAAUACCUGACUGAGAUGGGCUACAUCCACAAGAAACUGGCAGCACAUAACAUCCUGGUAAAUGGGGAGCUGGUCUGCAAAAUCUCUGGCUUCAGAGUAGGCCAGGAAGAGAAGAUGGAGACCGUUUUCAGCACGCUGGUAUGUAUUUGGGAGGGGGCAGGAAGAAUAAUAGAUCCUUGGAAGGGACACCAAGGAUCAUCUAGCCCAACCCCUUGCAAUGCAGGAAGCACGGCUGAAGAAUCCCUGACAGAUGGCAAUCCAACCUCUCUUUAAAAACCUCCAAGGAAGGGAGAGUCUUGGAAGACCACCUUCUGAAGUAGUCUGUUCCACUGCCAAUGGUGGUGGAUUCUCCUUCAUUGGAGGUUUUCCACCUGUCAGGGAAGCUUCAGCUGUGAUUCCUGCAUUGCAGGGAGUUGGACUAUAUGACCUUUGGGGUUCCUUCCAACUUUAUGAUUCUGUGAACAUUUUAAGUAUCAAAAUACACACCAAAGCCUUUGAAUGACACCUUCCAGAUGCCACCAGGAUGAGCAUUUUUGGAGCAUUUUGAUGAAAGCAGAAGAGAAGGCAGGCAGCGGAUAUACAGUAAGCUGUAUGUGCAGAGGCAUAAGGGGAGCACUGCAAGCGGCAUUGGAAUCACCCCUUGGUGCUUCCUGUGCUUUGAAUGGGGAAGCCCUCCUGGCUUCCCUGUUCUUUCUCUUCCUGCUGCUGCUGUGAUCUUCCUUGAUGAAAGACAUUAAAUGGGUUGUGCUGGGCAAGCGACAAGCUGCCUCAUGAAAUAUUAAUUGUAAACCAUCUAGCAGGAGAACUUAACUAUUGCCUGAAUAUUUCAGGACUUCCCUUCCUUUCCCUACACACACACACACACACCUUGCUUUGAGCGUUAACUAGCUCAUUUUAAAUGAAUUUGGGACAGAGUUUCCCCUGAGCAAUCCAGCUGUGCUGCAUGUGCAGUAUAAAGGCCAGCUUUCCGGUAGCAGGUGGGGAAGAGAGAAUGGAAUGGGGAUCUGGCAGCAGGAAAGACCUGAACUUUGUUUCUCAUUUUGUAUUUUUAUGCUGUGAACAACCCUGUGAUCUUUGGAUGAAGGACAGUAUACAGAUUUAAUACAUAAUAAUGAUAACGAGACAGACGUGUGAGUGUGGUGUUUUCUGUGGAACAACAGAAUUGUAGAGUUGGAAGGGAUUCCAAGGGUCAUCUAGCUCAACCCUCCUCAAAGCAGGAAACAGAGCUAAAGAAUCCCUGACAGGUGGCCAUCCAACCUCUACUUAAAAACCUCCAGAGAAGGAGAGUUCACAACCUUCCAAGAUAGUCUGUUUCACUGUCAAACAGCUCUUAUCAUCAGAAAGUUCUUCCUAAUGUUUAGUUGGAAUCACCUUUCUUCUCAUUUGAAUCUCUUGGUUCAGGCCCUCCCGUCUGGAGCAGCAGAAAACAAGCCUGCUCCAUCUUCCUUGAGACCACCCUUUAGAUAUUUGAAGAUAGUUAUCAUAACACUUCUCAGUCUUCUCUUCUCCAGGCUAAACAUACCCAACUCCUGAACUAUCCCUCGUAGGGCUUGGUUUCCAGAAAUUUGAUCUUCUUGGUCACCUUCCUCUGCACAUUCUUCAGCUUGUCAAUAUACUUCUUAAAUUAAGAUGCCCAGAACUAUGAAGGUACAUUUUUUCACCUUUGGUGGACGUGCCCUAAGAUUAAGGCUUUCUGGGAAAUGAUAUAUAAUGAAUUAAAAAAGGUAUUUAAAUAUACCUUCUUGAAGAAACCAGAGGCCUUUCUCUUGGGCAUAGUCGGCCAAUCGGUGUUAAAAAAGGAUAGAACUUUCUUUAUGUACGCAACAACAGCAGCAAGAAUACUCAUCGCAAAGUAUUGGAAGACACAAGAGCUACCCACACUGGAGGAAUGGCAGAUGAAACUGAUGGACUAUAUGGAACUGGCGGAAAUGACUGGUAGAAUCCGUGACCAGGGAGAAGAGUCGGUGGAAGAAGAUUGGAAGAAAUUUAAAGAUUAUCUACAGAAACAUUGCAAAAUCAAAGAAUGUUAGAGUGAUGAUGGAUUGAAAUUAAGUGGUUUCUAGCUGCACAGGCGUUAAAGUUAUAUAUAGACUAAGAUUAAGGAUUAGGCAUAAAAAGGUUAAAAGAACGGAAAAUUGGCUAUUAAUAGAUAAGAAUUUAAUGUUAUACCAUAUUAAGAUUAAGGAUUGGGAUUAAAAAAGAGGGAAAGAAAUUGCUGGACAAACAAAUUGAACUGGAAUACAAAAGAGGGAGGUACGAGGAGGUCCAGAAAAUAAGUAAAUUCAAAAGUGGUGAUGAAAAGGUGGUAUUGUUUUUAAUUGUUUUUUCUUUUGUUUUUCUUUUGUAUUUUGUAUUGUGUAUUCUUGUAUUGUGUAUUUUUCUUUUUACUUUUAAUUCUCUUUUACUGAUGUGUUCUGUUUUUAUUGGAAACUUUAAUAAAUAUCAUUUAAAAAAAAAAAGAUGCCCAGAACUGGACACAGAACUCCAGGUGGGGUCUGACCAAAACAAAAUAGAGUAGUACUAAAACGUCCCUUGAUCUAGACAUUAUAAAUCUGUUGAUGCAGCCUAGGAUUGCAUUAGCUUUUUUCGCUGCAUCAUCACACAGUUGACUUAUGUGAUUCAUGUUAAGGUUGUGGCUUACUAAGACCCAGAUCCUUUUCACAUGUACUUUACUGCUAGCAAGUCAGGUGUCUCCCAGCUUAUAUUUGUGCAUCUGGUUAUUCCUGCCUAAGUGUAGAACAUUACAUUUGUCCCUAUUGCAAUUAAUUUUGUUUUUAUUGUUACUUAUUUUCUAGUCUUUCUUCAAUGCCUUUUCUUUAUGCAUGUCCAGGGUGGGAAAAACUUGGUGCUGUGGUUGGCCCCCGAAGCAUCCCAGUACCACCGUUUCAGUUCAGCCAGUGACAUGUGGAGCUUUGGCAUUGUCAUGUGGGAGGUGAUGUCCUAUGGAGAGAGGCCUUACUGGGACAUGUCGAACCAGGACGUAAGUGGCUCCCCAGUCUGCUGGAGGUGGUGGUGUGGACGAGGAGCGGAAAAUGGGCAGGCCAAGACUCCCUGGGCCUCUGCCUCUCCACUACUCUGUUGUGCUUGGUGGUGGGAGGGAAUGUGGUGGGUGUGGUUGUGCUUUUGGUAAAGGUUGCAAGCGAGAGCAUCCUACCACGCUCCUGCUGGGUGUGGCUUCCAUCUCCAACAAUUGCUUCCAGGUGAUAACAGCCAUCGAAGACGGCUUCCGGCUUCCUGCUCCUGCAAACUGCCCACAGGCUCUGCACCAGCUGAUGUUAGAUUGCUGGCAGAAGGACUGUACUGAGAGGCCAAAAUUCUCCCAGGUCCAUAGCACACUUAGCAACAUGCUUCAGGCCCCAGAGCUCUCGAGAAACAGCAUCUUCACCUAUGCCAGGUGACUGCAUUAUCCCUGACCCUCCCCCCUUGAAGCCCAUGUAGAAAACAGCAGUGACAGAGGCUGUAUUGACACACAUCUGAGCUUAGGGGGAGGUGGAAGGUGCUGGGGCAUGAGACCUUCCUUCCUGUGAUGUCCCCACAUAGCUUCUCUCUCUUUCUUUCCAGGACUGCCAGCUGCUCCCUCCCUCCCUCCGACUGCCCCUUUUCUUCCUUCCCAUACUUCAGCUCUGUUGGGGAGUGGCUGGAAGCCAUUGAGAUGAGCAGGUAUAAGGACAGCUUUGUGGCUGCUGGCUAUUGCUACCUGGAUUCAGUGGCCAGGAUGACAGUACAGUAAGUGAACCUCCCCUCCUCUAGAAGGAUGCUGCCAGCCAGCCACACAUAGGCUUGGCUACACCCAACUAUAGCCCCUUGUAAGAGGGAAGGGCCCAGAGAGCAGGGCGGCAACCUGGCUCUGGGGGUGGCUUCAGGCUAACCUGAGAAAGCUGCUUCUGCUGCUGCUCCUUGGGCGGCUUUCUCUUUUGAGUGGUGGCAGCUGGGAGUCUGAUGCACACUUCCUGGGCCUCCUGAACAACUGACAUGGCUUAUGGUCUCUCAGAACUCUCCUCAGGGGAGUUCUGCUGUGCUUUGCACCCAGUUCCCACUUGCUGGCUCUGGUACUGCUGAGGCACUCCUCACCAUUCAUCCGCCUCUAUCUGACUGCUCCAUUUCCCAGUCUUAGUCACUUGAUGGGACCAGAUGAGCUGCUGUGCUCAGACUGACUCUGGUAUGGAGUGGGCUUCUCACUUUUUUUUUUUAUUCCAGAGAUGUUCUGAGCUUGGGGAUCACCUCUGUGGCACACCAAAAGACUCUCCUAAGUGGGAUCCAAGCGCUCCGGGCUCAAGUGAUCCAGAUGCAUGGCCACGGAGUGCAGGUGUGA